UUUCGAGUCAUUAUUCGGCCGAACUGACCCACUACCUUCACCGCAGCCAUGGGCUUGUCGGAGUCAACAAAGGAGACUUUAUAAGCCUUUUCUGGGCUGCCUGGGAGCUCUCCUUUACGCCUCAGAACGUCCUGAAAGCGUUUGAAGCUACAGGAGUGUGGCCGAUGAAUGGGGGAGAAGUUCUGAAGCGAUUCAGAAAAGCAUCUUCAGAUGGAGAUAACGACCCAAGAUUAGAGCCAGAGGGUAACCGGAGCAGCUGGAAACAGCUCCAAAAGUUACAGGAGACUGCGGUGAAGGAUAGGGAUGAAGAUGCGUCGAAUCGGCUGUCGGUCGCCAUCCACUCCCUACAGACCUUCAACGAGAUCCUGAACACUGAAAACGACGGCCUAAGGCAGGCGCUAGCACACAAAAAGAAGCAUAACAAGAAGAGUAAGCCUCUGGAUCUUCAACAGCGCAAAGAGUAUCAUGGUGGCGCUGUUUUCUGGAGUCCCCGGAAGGUGAGGGAGGCGAGGGCCCGAGAACAGGUCAGAAAAACCACAGAAAUGGACGAAAAGCUUGCAAAAGCAGAGUCAAGAAAGCUGAAAGAGGCAGCAACAUUAUACAAAAAGAAGAUGCAAGAAGAAGCGCGGGUUGUGCGGGAAACUGCGAAAAAGAGGGCCCAAGAAGAGCGCAAAAAGGCUGCUGAGGAGAAGGUCGCGAAACAAGCCCAAAAGGAGCAGGAACAACGCGAUCGCGACUCUCAAAAAGCUCUACAAUCGUCCCAAUCAGGUAAAAGAGCAUCCUCAAAAGUCUCAAAGGCGUCACAGUCAAAACGGGGUGGUCGUAGGCGUGUUGGGGGAGGUACUGUUCAGCCGGCACCUGCACCGCGGGGACCGCCGAAAACAACACGAACAAGGACAAUCACAACACCGCAAAAAUAUUCUGAGUAGUACAAAAGCUUUGCAAGAUGCAGUUUAAUACAACACGAAGUUCUUGCAAUUUAAUAGCGACGUGGCGUCGUGAUGUAGCCUCAUCUUUGAAUUUGAACUUAUGUUGUGGGUGGCUCGAUUCGCGCGCCGGCUCAAUACGCGG